AUGCGCGUCUUCUUCGUCUUCUUUGUCGCCGCCGCCCUGCUUCUCGGCUGCGCCACCGGCGAGCCGCCCGCCAAAAGGGCUUUCGUGUACCCGCUGCCUGAAAACUUGACUGGCGAGUGGCUAUACCAAAACCUGUCUGCCCACGAUGCGAAUAACCAGUGGGCGGCCGAACGCGAGAUGGUGAGGGGCCUGAGCGCGAGGCUCCAAGGGCAGGAGGCGCCUGCAGCCUCCGCCGAUGUCUUUGUCGUGCCCGCCUACAUGACACUGGGCUUCAUGAGAAUGCGUACGACAACCCACGGCCGGGCGCAGCUGAGGGCGUGGAACAAUGAUGUGAUCGCCUUUAUGAGAAGCUUUGGCCCGUGGGGGGAUUCCGGAAGCUCGUGGCCAGAGCUGUGGAGUUCGAACGCGACGCUCCUCUGCGUUGAGCCCGAAUCGCUUCGACGGCACGGUCACGGCGUGCUGCUGCCGUACCACACCAAGGGCGGCUGCCCGUCGCCACCGAGUACAAACCGGACCAGCGGGUCGGGCGUGUCUCUCAGCUACUCCCAUACCCAGUGGGCUCUGACCCUCCGCGGUCACACGGGCGUGCGCAAGGCCUUUUUCGACGCGAUACGGUGCGGCGCGCUGCCUCUCGUCGCUAGCGCGCACACACCGCUUCCCUUUGCGGACGAGAUCGACUACUCGUCCUUUUCGUUCCUCACCUCCGAGGGAGCUCGCGUCGCAUCGAUCGUUUCGCAGCUGAAGGCGCUGCCCACGGCUCGGCUUGCGGCGAUGCGUGCGGCGAUGGACACGGCCGCGCCGCUGCUCGACUACCGCCGCGGGGCGAUAGAUGCCGUGCUCCGCCGCGUUGCGCGCCUCGCCGCGGGGUCCGACGAGUCGGCUGUUUUUGUGCAAAAACAGCCGACUAGAUCGCCACAAGAUGCACAAGACAGCCGACUACGCCACAAGAAUGCUUCGGAUUCACUCGUGGCACACAUUGGGCUGAUUGGCCUCCACAGCCUUAAGCCGUGA